GUUAGCUCACAGAUCCAGACCAAAGCAACAGCACCACAACACUGACUCAAUAGCUUUUGUUUCACACUCCAGUACUCUUAAGUGGUUUGCAAACUGCCAAUAAACCAAACCGGUUCAAGAACCAUUCUUGUGCUUUUCUGGUGCUUAACUGGUUCUUCUCUGGUCUUAUCUGGUCCGCCCAAUGCUGCUCUUCUGAGAGCAACCGCUCUGACAGCCCUCUCUAGUCUCUACUGGGAAACAGCUAAAAGUCCUUCUGGAGGUAAGCAACGCUACACAAUUACACCCAGUCUGAGAAUAAAAUAUGUCUCGAAGGCUUUGCAUUUGAACUCCUAUGACUGGUUGCGGACUUGAAGGGAACGUCUUCCUGACAUCCAGGAAAAAGGCGAGAUUAUAAUACAUUUGAAUGCCAAAAGCAAGUUAUUGUUUUUAACUUUUUAAAUAUGAUUGUUUUGGGGCAUUUCAGUUUUAUUGGACAGAGGCAGUAGAUAUCUACUGGAAACAGUGGAGAGGGAGGAGAUGAUAUGCAGCAUACGGCCCAGCCGGAUGGUUGCUGCUCCGUGUGGAACGUGUUCUAUCAGAAAGGAUCAUGCCAGCCCACAUCAAACACCUGAUCAAGAGCUUGUGAACCUCACUGCUGCGGACACCUGUAUGAUAUUCGACUCUGACUGGAACCCUCAAUAUGACCUGCAGGUUCAAGCUCGGUGUCAUCGUUUUGGCCAGUCUAAGGCGGUGAAAGUGUACCGUCUGAUCACUAGAAACUAUGAGAGGGAAAUGCUGGUUAAAGCUAGUCUGAAGCUCGGGCUGGACCGUGCCGUCCUGCAGAGCAUGAGUGGCAACAACAACGGGCCGGUCCAGCAGUUCUCCAAGAAGGAGAUCGAGGACCUGCUGAGGAAAGGAGCCUACGCCGCCAUCAUGGACGAGAACGUCAAGGCAAUCGCUUCUGCUAGGAGGACAUCGACCAGAUCCUGCAGCGAAGAGCCACCAUCAUCACCAUCACCAGUUUGCUUCAAGCAGUGGCUGUACGAGAAAGACGUGGAGGACCAAGAAAUGCUGGCCAGAUUGGCAAAGACCGGAAGAUACAUAACAGAGAAGAUAAUGGAUAUUAACAAGAAAAAGAAAAAUGUUUAUAAUUUCUUUGUUGAGGUUUACAUUUUGAAUUAUAUUUGUUAUUUUUAAA